AUGACCAGUAAACAAGCAAUGCCAGCUGAUGAGCAAGAAGGGCUCCUUUGUUAUAAUGGGGAAGUUCUUGUUUUUCGAUUGUCUAAAUGGAAUCUUGCAGAUGAAGGGCCUGCAGAAACACCCACAUUGCAUGUCAGAAGAAUGGUAUUUGACAGAGAAUCGGGAGCAUUUGUUCAGAAAUCCACAGGAUCCUUUAAUCUACCAGAGGAAGACUCUCUUUUGAAAAUUGUGUGUUGCAACUGUGUAUCUGAUUUCAGAACUGGAAUUAUCCUCCCUUAUAUUGUGAUACAAAGUACUGAAAAGAAUAACGUUUUCAAGUAUUUUCUAUUAUUUCUUCACAAUACCAAUAAAUUUGAGAAAUGUUUAAGUUUUAGCCUCGGCCAUGAGUUGAAAGAGUUAAGGGUCCUGAAUGGCCCCUUCCUUUUAUGGAGACAUGUUGAAACAUUCUACAGUAUCUCUUCCCAAACUGGCAAAGUUGUUGCUAUGUCCAUUAAUUUGUCCUCUAUUGAGUGGGCAGGAGAAAUUGAAGAUCUAGGUAUGGUUUUAUUAGGACAAAAGGGAUGUUAUUUAUCUGAGGAAGGAUGGACCCAGAAGUGUUCAAAAUCAGACUUUGCAAUUCAGAAUACCAAAUUUUGUGUAUAUGCUCUUGAAAAUCAGGAAGUACUAAGUGAUUCGUACAUUAUCCCCCCCGCUUACAGCAGCGUGGUCACCUAUGUCCAUGUCUGUGCAACUGAAAUGGUCAACAACCAGCUACGAAUGUGGCUGGUUGCCCUCACUCGAAAGAAUCAACUCAUUUCAUUCCACAAUGGGACUCCUGCAAGUGUGUGCCAGCUUCCCUUUGGAGAUCCUUGUGAGGUCCGACUUCUGGAUGGCAGUGGAGGAGAACACCUCUUCGUGGUCUCCUUUAGGUCUAACAAUGCUUGUGCUGUUUGGAACAGGAACUUUCAGGUUGCUGCUAAGUGGGAAAAUAUUAAGUCAGUACUGAUAGAUGACUUUAUUGGAACUGGAACUGAGCAAGUACUACUACUUUUUAAGGACUCUUUGAAUUUAGGUUGCCUGAAUUCAUUUAAAAUAACAGAUUUUGGCAGCAUAAGCUAUUCAAGUGAACCAUCGGAUUGCAAUGAAAAUGAAUCAUUUGAAGACACACAAAAGAAUCGUUGCUUGAUCAUUCCACCUCUGGAAAGAAGAGUGCAAGUUGGCUUGGCUUCUAUUCAGGAACUAGAGCAGCAUCUCUUGCUUAAGGAGAAAGUGAUUUCAAAAUCUUGCAAAAAUUUCAUCAAUCUGAUUCAUGGGAAAGAUGAUAGUACUUCAAGUUCAGAGGAGGACUGUCUUGUUACACUUUGUGGUAAAGAAGAAAAUCCUGUCUAUACCUUUGAUGAAAAGCCAUCAGGCAGUUUUCAAGUCUCAGAACAGAUAGUGGAGAAGAUAUGGUAUCGUGUAAUGGAUGAUAACUUGAUUGUUGGAGUGAAAACUACAUCUUUGCACCUAUCUCUAAAUGAUGUGACUUUAUCACUGUUAGUGUCUCAGGCUGAUAGCUCCAACUUUAGUUUUGUGAUGUGUCAAAAUAAACUGAUCAAGUUGAGGAGGGAUUCUCUGUCAGCACCACAUUUAGUCCCAUGUGAAAUAGAAUCUAAGGCAAAAAGGAUCAGGUUGACUGUGGACACUGCCGAAGAGAAAAAGGAAUGCUUUGUUAGUAAACCGCCAUCCCAGAAAGACCCUGUGCACCUAAUUACUGCUGUCACUGCUCUUCCACCCCUUUUAGCACUCAGAAAUUUCAGUUGCAUUGUGCUGCUACAAGUCAGGGAAAGAGAAAAUGAUGACUCUUGUGAAGAUGGUUAUAUUCAGUGUGGCAGGAUCUUUUUAUCUCUGGAAGAUCUUUCAAAUGAGAAAUACAUAGUCACAUUUUCAAAGAAGAAUCCUAUAGAACACGUGGAAGAUCUCUUUGCACUUCUCGCAGCCUUACACAAAAGUUGUUUUCAAAUCAUAUCACCCAGUUAUGCCCUGAAUUCAAUGAAGAUGUGGCUUUUUGACCACAUGAAAUGUGAAGUGAUUGAAGAAUUUCCAGAAAUCUGCUUUUGUAAAAGGCCAGGAAGUUUCUUUGGGACACUUUUCAGUUGGCAACAAAGAACACCAUUUGAAGGAAUUUUAACGGUCCAUUUCAGGAACCAAACAGUUUUGUUCCAGUGCCUUCAUAACCUCAUCAGUGUUCUCCCUGUAAACUGUGUCCUCAAAAAGCUAAAAUCAGAAAUGGAAGAUUUCUCGAUCGAUCACUUGGCACAUAAUUUGGAGAGGGAAUUGGUUAUCCUUGGUUCUCUUUCUUCUGCUUUAGUCAAGGCUGAAAACCACUUGGUGCAAAAGUGUGGAGCGAGCAAAGAACAGAGUAGUGGCGAUGAGGCUGUAUUAUCAGACAGAGAGGAAAACAUCCAGUCACACAGGGAAGAGCUUCAGAGAGAGAAGAAGGAAACCUUGAUGACAGACCUAAAAGUGAGUGGUGCCCUAUACAGAGAAAUAGUUUUGAAAUUAUCAGAGGCCCAGCUAAAAUCAGACUCUAUUGCACAGAAACUGAUUGAUUUAUAAUUACAGUCUCAAGACUAUA